AUGAACCCGCUACGGCAUACCUUCAUCUCGCGCUGUCUCGACACAACGCCGCCAUCCACCAACCCCCUCCCGGAGGAAUUGCGCUAUCUCGAUAUUGGCUGCGGCGGAGGAAUAUUCGCUGAGUCUGCUGCGAGAUUGCGCACAACGGCCUCCGUCACCGCGAUCGAUCCCACUCCCGAUGUUCUCGCCAUUGCUGAGGGGCAUAAACGACGGGAUCCGGCACUCAUGACGAAGGGGAAGCUGACGUAUUUAAAUACAUCGAUUGAAGAGUUGCCAGUACCCGGCUCCGAGGCGGAGAAAUUCGAUGUGGUUACGCUGUUCGAGGUCCUCGAGCAUGUUAACGCCCCGGGGCCAUUUCUAGAAUCAGUAAUUUCGAAUGUGAAACCGGGGGGCUGGUUGGUGUUGAGUACAAUUGCACGGACGUGGACGAGCUGGAUGGUGACGAAUGUUGUUGCAGAGGAUGUGUUGGGGAUUGUACCGAAGGGUACGCAUGAGUGGCAGAAGUAUGUUAAUGAAGGGGAGUUGAGGGAGUGGUUUGCGGAGAAGGGGGGUUGGGGAGGGAAUGGAGGCGUGAAGGCUAUGGGCGUGGUAUAUGUGCCAGGUUUGGGGUGGAAGGAGAUUCCGGGAGGGGAGGCGUGGGGGAAUUAUUUCUUCGGGGUUAGGAGGGAUGGGUGA